UGGGUGGUGGCUUCAACUGCACAGGAAGUAACACAGAAGAAGAAGCAGUAGUAAAGAUGGCCGACAAUAACAACACAGAUCGCACGGAGGAUGACAACAUGGAUAACACUGUUGCUUCAGGAGGAUCUAUGAUGGUGAUCACUGUCAAAACCCCCAAUGGAAAAGAGGACAUUUCUAUAUCGGAGGACUCUUCUGUCUCAGAGAUAAUGGACAACCUGUUUGGGAGGUGCGGUGUUGGGAGCGCACCUCCAGGCACUCUUGUUUCCACCCCUCUAUUACCCACUGCCUCACAACCAUCCACCACACUGCCGUGUGCCUCUGAGGCCCAGCCUGGUCCCUCCAUGACCCUGCCCACCACACUGCCGUGUGCCUCUGAGGCCCAGCCUGGUCCCUCCAUGACCCUGCCCACCACACUGCCGUGUGCCUCUGAGGGCCAGCCUGGUCCCUCCAUGACCCUGCCCACCACUCAGCCUAGAUCAAUCCGGUCUCGAGUCUCCCAUCCCUCCUUCUACGACCUGUAUGAGGCCCACUCGGAGAGGAGGACCAGUGCACUGGAGACACUGGUGCGGCCAGAACAGGAGCGCCGGAGAAGGCUGAAGGAGAGAAAUAGGAGGAGGUUUGAAGCUAAAAUGUUGACUGCGAUGGGAGAAGUUGUUUCCCAGUUAAAGUCCAUUGGGAGCCAACAAGAGCGCAUCAUUGAGCUUUUGCAGGACAAGCCCAAUAUGCCAUAAUUUCCCCCACACUGGGUAUUCCCUGAAUUAAUUUGUUUAUAAAGAACACCACCUCAGUUUGUUUAUGGAAGUAAUAUUGUUUAGAUUAGUUAUUUAUUUUCCUCGUUAUGCAGUUGAGUUAUUAUUUCAUCCCUGGCAAUCGCCUUGUAAUAUUUGUAUUUGUAUACACUAAGUGUUCACAAUGUUUAUAUGCAAUUAUUAUUUAUUUGCCAAGUACAUGUGUACAUAUGUAUAUAUAGUUAUUUCAUUUUCAAAGAAGAUAGUCAACUGCUAUUGACAUGUGCAGAAAAUGACCAUAUCUAGUUUUCAUAUAUAUGCAUUUAUUUUUUACUUGCCCAAUCAUUUUGGAUGACAUUACAUGUUAGGCGCUUUAAUCCAAAGCGACUUACAUACUCAAUACUGUGGGCAUAAAAGGAAAGGAAAUAAAAAACAAAUGUCUUCCACAAAGAAUAUGACAGUGGUUAUUUGUGUGUG